ACACUCGGCGCCGGCUGUAGCUUCUCGUCCCCGUGCAGAGAGCCCCUGUGCAGGAGGCAGCGACACCCCAGGCCGGCCUGCCUGCUGCAGUACCGCCCUCCGCCAGCCUGCGGAGGGAGGGAGGGUGCAGCCAGCCAGCCAGCCCCCGCGGGGACUGCGAAGGAGAGCGAGAGAGGCUGAUUCCGAGACCAGACGCGAGCUGUCCGCGUGCGCUCCCCGGGGCAGCAGCUGGCGCGUGACCCUCGGAGGGAAGCGCUCGUCGGCGUUUGUGUGCAGCUGCAGCGGGGAGAAGAGCCUUGCUUCCUUGCCUGCUGCUCCGGGAGCCGAGUGUGUCUGCACAAGUGACCCCCUGAUGGAAAAGCUGCCUUUGGAAAACAGAGGGCCUGAUCCUGCAGUCCUUGGAUUGGGCAAAAUACACAGAGUUAUGGGGAAGUCGAUGUUCUUCCCUCAUUUCAAAUGUGUAUUGUAAUACUGGCUGCUUUAAUCAUUGCACGAAUUAAACCAACCUCCCACAAACAUGGCGGACGAGGACCUUAUCUUCUGUAUGGAAGGUAUUGAUAAUGCCAGGUCAACUAAAACAGUCUCUGGAAAUUAUCCUGAUGCUGAUAGUGAGGAUGAGGAUAGUUAUUACAUCUGCCCGAUAACAGAUGACCCAGUAUCUAACAAGACUGCAAACAACAAAGUCGCCAAUUAUUUCAGCAACUUAGCAAAAGAUGAACAUUACAGAUCUAGCUCUUCUCCUAGAAACUCCUUCAAUAUUAAGGAAGCCUGGAAACAUGCCAUUCAGAAAGCUAAACACAUGCCUGAUCCCUGGGCAGAAUUUCAUCUUGAGGACAUUGAAACAGAAUAUGCCACACGUUAUAGGUACAACGCAGUUACUGGGGAGUGGGUUGAAGAUGAAGUUCUCAUCAAAAUGGCUUCACAACCCUUUGGCCGUGGAGCAAUGCGGGAGUGCUUCAGAACGAAAAAGCUGUCCAAUUUUUUACACACUCAGAACUGGAAAGGUGCAUUUAACUAUGUUGCCAAGCGAUACAUCGAGACUGUAGACAGGGAUGUAUACUUUGAGGAUGUCCGACUUCAAAUGGAAGCAAAACUUUGGGGAGAGGAGUAUAACCGGCACAAGCCACCAAAACAGGUUGACAUAGUGCAGACCAGCAUUAUUGAAAUGAAAAACAGACCCGGAAAGCCCCUCUUUCAUUUGGAACAUUACAUAGAGGGCAAAUACAUCAAAUACAACUCAAACUCUGGAUUCGUACGAGAUGACAACAUUCGCCUUACCCCACAAGCCUUUAGCCACUUCACAUUUGAGCGUUCAGGACACCAGCUCAUUAUUGUUGAUAUCCAGGGAGUUGGCGAUCUUUAUACAGACCCACAGAUCCACACAGAGAGUGGCACAGACUUUGGAGAUGGCAACCUAGGUGUACGGGGUAUGGCUUUGUUCUUUCAUUCUCAUGCCUGUAACAAGAUUUGCAAAAGUAUGGGACUUACACCUUUUGAUCUUUCACCUAAAGAGAAGCAUGUCUUGGAUCAUAGUAACAAACUGCUUGAAUCUGCUCAGACAAUUGUACGUGGCACAGAGGAAAAAUGUGGCAGUAGCCGGGUGAGAACGAUCUCUGGUAGUCGGCCUCCUCUGCUUUUCCGCCUGUCUGAAAAUUCUGGAGAUGAGAGCAUGAGUGAUGUGGCAUUUGACUCCUUACCCUCUUCUCCCUCCUCAGCAACACCACAUAAAAUGGAUAUGCUUCACUGGCCUGUGUUCAGUGAAGUGGAUAACUUAGUUCACAAAGACCAUGAUCAUCUUGAUAACCAAAGGGACUCUGAAAAUGGUGGAGACAGUGGGUGCCCCAGUGAAAAGAGAAGUGACCUGGAAGAUAUGGAUCAUCGAGAAAGGGGCCAUUCAAACUACAACCGAAGACGUGAAUCUGAUGAAGACAGUUUGGGAAGUUCUGCAAGGGUCAGUGUGGAGAAGUGGAAUCUCUACAACUCUUCCAGAGUCCACGUCCAUAGACCGUCCUGUGUUGCAGUGGAAGUUCAGAGACUCAAUGCACUGGAAUUUGAAAAGAAAAUUGGGAAAUCCAUCCUUGGGAAGGUCCAUCUGGCCAUGGUUCGCUACCACGAAGCUGGGCGUUUCUGUGAGAAAGAUCAGGAGUGGGAUCAGGAAUCCGCUCUUUUUCACCUGGUGCAUGCUGCUGAUUGUGGAGAACUGGAAGCCAUCGUUGGGUUAGGACUCAUGUAUUCCCAGCUGCCACAUCACAUUCUUUCAGAGGUCACUUCAGAGGACACAGAGGAAAACCGAGGAAAAGGAUUUGAUUAUUUACUGAGAGCAGCAGAAGCUGGAGACCGGCCUUCCAUGAUUCUGGUAGCAAGAUCAUAUGACACAGGUGUAAAUCUUGGUUCAAACAGAAUCCAAGACUGGAAGGAAGCCCUGCACUGGUACAAUGCUGCACUGAACAUGACUGAUUAUGAUGAAGGGGGUGAAUACGAUGGAACUCAGGAUGAGCCCCGGUAUCUGCUCCUGGCGAGGGAAGCUGAGAUGUUAAUGACAGGAGGGUUCUACCUGGCCAAGGAUCCCCAAAGAUCAGGUGAGUUGUAUACAGAAGCAGCAGAAGCGGCAAUACAAGCCAUGAAGGGCAGAUUGGCAAAUCAAUACUACCAGAAAGCUGAAGAAGCUUGGGCAAUGAUGGAGGAAUGAAACUUCAAAUGAGGCAGCUCUUGUAUAUUAAAAAUAAUUUUUUAUAGACUGUUACUUUGCAAAAAAAAAAAAAAGAUGUAUUUUUAUGUGUUGUUACUGAUUUGUGUUUUUCAUAUUUUAAUUUUCUAAUUUUAUUCUGAGGGGAAAAAAUAUACAAAUGUAGGUUGUAUUUUGGGGAUGCUAUAAUGUAGUUUUACCUAUACUUCAAAGCUGCAGUAUCUAUGAACUUGAUCUUUUAUAACUUUUAACUGUUAUAUGUGAGGAGCCUGAUUAAUUUCAGAAAAAUGAAGCUGAUGUCAGCUUGCGUUGUACACUUUUGUUUUACAUAGCACAUUAUCAGUGUGUUUAUUUCUUUUGGUUACUCCUCUUCUUCCCCUCCUCACAAAAACCAAACAUUUCUAAGUUCAAAGCACUUCUACAACAGUAUUUGGUUUACUUCAAGCACUUCUUCAUUUUCCAUGUAAACAUACAUGCAGAAAUUCCCUUUUUUAAUUCCCCUUGUGAAAUAAACCCAAAAACCAGCGCAAUCAGGAAUGGAAUUAUGCUAAUAACACUCUUUACAAUGCAGUUCUCUAUAAAAAUGGUAUCAUUGGAGGCACCAUGUUUAUUUUCUUCCUUAAGUGAUUUGAGAUGCCGUCUUUUCAGUUUGCAAAUGAAAAAAUGCUUUUUCUAAGUGCUCGCCUUGAAAAUCAAGCUGGGACUUGAAAGUCAAGAUGGUUUCUCUUUAGGUCACUCAUCACCAACAAUACAAAUUCCGCAGUCAGAACUUAGCUAACAAUUCUCUCUCUAGCUCCCUCUCCCACAUCUGUAUGGCCUCUGAAAAGAAGUAAAAACUUAUUUCAGUCAGAAAAGUAGCUAUAACUCUGAAUACACACAGGGAGAGCAGGUCCAUUGAAUAUAGGCAUGCCAUUUUUAUGUAGCAGACCUGUACUUUAAAAGUUGUAGGGUAAAAUCCUGGGUCUGUUGAAAUCUGUGGCAAAAUGCCAAUGACUUUUAUGGGGCCAAGAUUUCACCGAGGGCUAGUCUACACUUGAAAUGCUACAGUGGCAUAGCUGCUGCUCUAGUGCUUUGUUAUAGACACAACCUAACCCCUCCCAUUGGCAUAGAUAAUCUUAACUACAUAAGUGAGGGGUGUGGAUUUUUCACACUCCUGACUGAUGUAGCUGGGUCGAGCUGAUUUCAUUGUGUAGACCAGGCACAAUAGUAAAUGGAGAUUUUUUUUUUGGCAACAUUUUCUAUUGUAUCUUAUUGUCCUAAUACAAUAAUCUAAGUUGCAUAUCACCCUACUGGACUUAUGAUGUGCGUCUUAUAAGAUAGCAUAAAAAAGUCUGUAGUCUAUUGAUUUCUUGGUAUCAUUUAGUUCUUCCAGUGACAUCACCAUUCACAGUGCAUUUAACAUUAAGAAAUACGCGUCCCAACCAUUUCAAUAUAGGGACAUUUAAAGAGGUUAGAGAAACUGACAUGCAUGUACAUUUACUAGCCCUCUAUUCUAAAUAAUUUUGUGCUUAGGUUAUGUAAAAAGCAUUCAGACUAUAAUUACUGUACAAUAGAUUUAAGCUGUUUGCUGAAUAAUCUAUUCAGCAGCUCAGUAAAAUUUGAGUUUACUGAUUCACUAAAUAAUAGCCAUAAAGGUACAAAGUUAAUCUUCUGUUGUACUAGUGAUUCAUAGUCUGUAGUUGCAGCAAAGAGUCUUGUGGCACCUUAUAGACUAACAGACAUUUUGGAGCAUGAGCUUUCAUGGGUGAAUACCCACUUCGUCGGUAGUUGCACACAUGAGUUUUGGCCCCCUCUGAUGUUCACGCUAAGAUAUCCUAAAGGAUCUGUUUUUCACAAGUCAAUAAGAACAUAUUAAAAAGGAUUUAUAUACCUAUUUGUUAAAGAAAAACAUUUGUGCUGGUUGCCAAAAAAACAACAACAACAACAAAAACCUCAAUCUCAUUAGAUACCAUCUAAGAGAGAAUCUUAGACUAAGCUCAUAGUUUUAUUUCAAGAGUCCAGUGCCAUCUGUACAGCAACUGGAUCUAUUUCUUGGUCUUAUUUAUUAGUUCUGAUUUUGAGGUGUUUAAGAUUGAUUGAUAGAUUACUGUCAUCAUGGGACAUGCAGCUGCAGGGUGGGUCCUUUUAUCUUCUGAGAGUGUAGGUUGACACAAGGGUUAGGAUGACAGUGUCAUUCUUAAGGGAAGAUAGUGAUGAAUAUUUACUAUUGCUCCAGCAAAGUGUUUAAGCACAUGAUUGAUUGAAGCCCAUUGAUUUCAAUGGGACUUCUGCCGUGCUUACAGUAAAGCACACGUUUAAAUUAUUUGAUGGAUUGGAUCAGUCAAGUGUUACACCUUUUUCUUCUGUGUGUAGAGUGGAUCUUCUCUGGGGCCAUCUUGGAUACACAGAAUCACCAAUUGUUAUUUAAAGUCAGAUAGCUGGGAUGUUCUUAAUGGGAAACUGCAGUUUAGGUUUAAGAUUUUUGGCAUUUUUUCAUCAUCUAAUUUCAGAGAUUGUUUAGGGGCAAAUCCUACCCCUUCCUCUGUAGCAUGCACAGCGCUCCAUUUGAAAUGGAAUAGGUGCAGUUCUGCUGUACUCCAUUUGAUAUGGAAUGGGAGCACAGAAUGUGGUGAUACCCAUAGAUAGGGGUGAGCAUGUUCAUGAGCAACACUUCCUUAAUUACUUCAUUCCCUCCCUCUGGGAAGCACAGUUGCAAGAAAAUGUCAGCUCUGAGAGACAACUGCAUCAUUCAAUCAUGGAAACAGUGGAAUAGUGACAGGCAUUUAUGUAUAUCUACGGAAAAAUAUUGGAACAAUGUGCAUACAGUCUACAAGCCGCUCGCACACUG